GGCAAAACACGACCAACCUUGAUGGGCUCACGCACACACGCACGCACGAGUCACGACUCAGCGGGCGGACGGGCGGGCGGGCGGAUGGGCCCUGCCAGCCUCGCGAUGUGCCGUUGAGACACCCACAGCGGCGACGCAUCCGUACACCCCCUCUUGCCCGGACCCAGGUUUUUCGGUCUGCUCGUUAUUUCUUCUGGCUCGCAGGCUCGUGACUGAGAAAGUGAUGGUGGUGCUGGUGCUGCGGCUGCCUCUGGUGGACCGUAAUGGUGGUGGUGGUACUGACGUAUGCAAAAGGAUAUAAGGCUCGCGUUGUGCCCGCCUCCUCGCUCGAGUCUCGAAAUCUUUCUCCUCUUCUUUUCUUUUGUUUGAUUUCCUGGGCCGUCCUGCCCAGUGAAUUGGCCGACCGGUCCACCUCGAUGUCGAUUCUCGAUGCCGGCAGCCCAUCCUGGGCUCCCCUCGCCUGUCGUCGUUACUCCCUGCUUCACUGCCCUUCACGCACUGGUUUCGUCCGUGGGAUCAGUGUUUGGCUCAGUCAGCCAUCGCGACUCGAAUACAGGACGUCGCUCGAGUGA